AUGUACGUUGCAGAUUUUCUAAGUCGCAAUUACAUUAAAAGAGAAGAGAAAAGUGAAGAUAUUAUGAGUGAUAUUGUACAUACAUUAGGUGAACUUGGAAUUAAAUUUGAAAAUAAUAAGGAAAGUGAGUUUAAGUUAGCUACAUUAAAUGAUGAGGAUUUAAAUCAAAUUAUUGGUUAUUUAAAAAAUGGAUGGCCUAAAAAGUGUACUUCAAGAAAAGAAUUAAAAUAUUUUUAUAAAUUAAAAAAUGAAAUAAUGUUAGAAUAUGAAAUGUUGUAUUGGGGAAUGAGAUUAAUAGUACCUAAAAUAAUGAGAAAAUAUGUUAUUAAAAAGCUUCAUAGCACUCAUCUUGGAAUGACUAAAACAGUUAAAAAAGCUAAUCAGUUAUUUUAUUGGCCAGGUAUGAAAUCAGAAAUUGAAAAUUACAUUGGAGCUUGCAUGGAUAUUGCAGAGUGUUUUGGAAAAAGUUAUUUAGUUGUUAUAGAUUAUUACUCAAGGUGGCUAGAAGUAGUAAAACUUAAAAGUAAAACCAGUGGUGAAGUAAUUAAAAAAUUGAAAAAGAUAUUCAGUAGAUUUGGUAUACCUAAAAUUAUAAUUGCUGAUAACAAUCCAUUUAAUAGUUUAGAAUUCAAAACAUUUACAAAAGAUUGGGAUGUUGUCGAAGAAAGAGGUGAUCUUAGUUUAUAUUUAAUGAAUUAUAGAAAUACUCCAGUAGCAGGCUUAAAUUACUCCCCAACUCCAAUACUACAGAGUAGAAAUUUAAGAACAUUAAUCAAUAAUUUUAAUGAAAAUUUCUUAAAACCCGAAGGUAUCAUUAACGUGCCUGCACAUCGUCAACUUACCGCACGUGAAGAUAUACAGAUAGCACCGCAAAUAACUGUUCCAGAUAUACCAGCUGGUGGUUCAAACAUGUUAUCUGAUGACGAUAUUUGUAUGAUUGCAAUGGAUGCAUAUGAAAUGCUAGACGCUAAUACAGAUUAG